AUGGAGGGAGGUAGAGAAACAAUGAUACGCUGCACCGCCCGCUCAUACGCUGCACCGCCCGCUCAUACGCUGCACCGCCCGCUCAUACGCUGCACCGCCCGCUCAUACGCUGCACCGCCCGCUCAUACGCUGCACCGCCCGCUCAUACGCUGCACCGCCCUCUCAUACGCUGCACCGCACGCUCGUACGCUGCACCUCCCGCUCGUACGCAGUGCACCGCCGCUCAUACGCUGCACCGCCCGCUCAUACGCUGCACCACCCGCUCAUUACGCUGCACCGCCCGCUCAUACGCUGCACCGCCCGAUCAUACGCUGCAGCGCCCGCUCAUACGCUGCACCGCCCGCUCAUACGCUGCAGCGCCCGCAUACGCGCAGCGCCCGCUCAUACGCUGCAGCGCCCGCUCAUACGCUGCACCGCCCGCUCAUUACGCUGCACCCGCCCGCUCAUACGCUGCACCGCCCUCUCAUACGCUGCACCGCACGCUCGUACGCUGCACCUCCCGCUCGUACGCUGCACCGCCCGCUCUAUACGCUGCACCGCCCGCUCAUACGCUGCAACCACCCGCUCAUACGCUGCACCGCCCGCUCAUACGCUGCACCGCCCGCUCAUACGCUGCACCGCCCGCUCAUACGCUGCACCGCCCGCUCAUACGCUGCAGCGCCCGCUCAUACGCUGCAGCGCCCCGCUCAUACGCUGCAGCGCCCGCUCAUACGCUGCACCGCCCGCUCAUACGCUGCACCGCCCUCUCAUACGCUGCACCGCACGCUCGUACACUGCACCUCCCGCUCGUACGCUGCACCGCCCGGGCCCCGCUCAUACGCUGCACCGCCCGCUCAUACGCUGCACCACCCGCUCAUACGCUGCACCGCCCGCUCAUACGCUGCACCGCCCGCUCAUACGCUGCAGCGCCCGCUCAUACGCUGCACCGCCCGCUCAUACGCUGCACCGCCCGCUCAUACGCUGCACCGCCCGCUCAUACGCUGCACCGCCCUCUCAUACGCUGCACGCACGCUCGCGGUAGAGCAGCAUAGCGAGGGGCAGGGAGAGGUGCGCUGCUACAGCCGGAUCGAGAGGAAGAUAACGGGGAGUUCCCUCCUGCUCGCCCCGCUAGCCCCCCUGCUGCCUUCCCCUGCUGUCCCCACUGCUGCCCCCCUUGCUCGUCCCGCUCUUGCCCCUGCUGCCUCUCCUGAUGGUUCUCCCAGGGGUGAAGGAUGGGUAGCGAGGGAUGGGGCGAGGGCGGAGCGGUGCAGAUGGGUUCUGGAGCGGUGGAGUGAGGUCGAAUAG